UCUUGGCAGGUGUUCCUGAACGAAAUCGCGCGCGAGCUCGUGAAUUCACUUCACUGUGAAAUUGUUUUGCUUUUCCUUGUAAAUAAUUGAAAAACGUAUCUAGAUCAAACAUGACUGAAGAAGAAAACUACACUAAUAUCGAUAUCUCCGAUAUUGUUGAGGAUACGGAACCUUAUGCCGACACGGACAACCCGAACAGCGAAAUAAUGGUAUACGAGACAGAUACUCAUUCAGAACUCCACGCAGAUGUAGAUUUGGGUCCUGAAUUGAUUACAAUAAGCACUGAAGACCAGCUUCUUGUGGAUAGGAUUACGCAAAACCAAAAUAAAGUUCAGAAAAGUGAAGUUGUUAAAAACAGUCAUGCUCCCAAACUAGCAAUGGGACGGAUAAAAAAUAUAAUGAAAAUGGACCCUGACGUGAAUAUAGUGCAACAGGAUGCCGUCUUCUUGGUUACUAAAGCUACUGAGAUGUUUUUAGAGACAUUGGCAAAUGAAACCUACUCGUAUCUGCCUAAGAAUAAGAAGACUAUCAACAAGAAAGAACUGGACCUUGCAAUCAACAGGGUAGACAGCUUAUGCUUUCUAGAAGGCGCUAUGGACUUUUGAAAUAAGGAGUAAUGUACAUCAAGCAAGAUGGAGUACUGCAACUUACCUGCACCUACUUGUACACAAUCAUCGUAUAUGCCAAUAAAGAAUAUUGAGUGUACUCUUUUUCCCUUCUAGGAGAAGAGUUUUUUCCCUGAGGAGAGACCUGGGGGGUUUUAAAGGCCACAUUGAAGCGAUACAUCUAAAAAAAGGAAUAUUGCGUUUUGAUAUUUGUCGACAUUGCGUGCUUACUUUUAUAUGCGCAAAUGUCUUGCAAUAUUUAUUUAUUUUAUUGUUACAGUUUUA